UCGAACACAUACACACACCAUGGCCGACAACACCCCCCAGCCCGUUGCCUCCAUCCCGCGCACCACACGUCCCAUGAGCGAAGCUCUCCUCAACGAAAAGUGGGACCGCUGCCUCUCCUCUAUGCUCAUCCGCUCCGGCCUCGGUCUAUCAUUCGGUGUUGUCUUCUCCGUACUCCUCUUCAAGCGUCGCGCGUGGCCCGCAUUCGUCGGUCUCGGUUUCGGUGCCGGAAGGGCAUGGGAAGAGUGCGACAACUCAUUCAAGCGCGCAGCAUCACCCCCAAAAGACGGCCUUCGUGUUAUCCGACCAUAAGCCAUCCAUCCCACACGAACGACGAGACGGGACAGAACUAUUCUAUGUAAUUCGAGCUUUGCAUGCGAAAUAUGCAUUGUACAGUAGGGCAUGGUAUAGAUCAUUCUGGCAAUCGAGUGCUGUACAUUCUUCACGAUUCUUUAAACCUAUGUUACAGUUGUUAUGUUCACUCUAGCAUGUGCUUUCUCUAUCCUCAUACCCAUACCCUCCGAUCAUUGCCCCAUGUUCUCUUACGCCUCUUCGCUCUCUGAGUAUCCUCGAAUACCGUGACUGGCGUUACGCACCUUUCCCACAUCCAAAAUCGUUUUCUCAGCCUUUAUAGUCCUCAAACCCAUAUUCCUCUGCCCCAUCCUUGAUGAUAAGCUGGUAGGUACUAAACACGAUACUCUCAUACAACUCCCGUCCUGCGGCUCUUGCCUUCUUAUGCCAGGGACCGAGACCGCCUUUGUA